CAAAAAAUGAUAACAAACAUGGCGGCCCCAUGAAGCGUCAUUAGGUGCAAUAGAUUGAAUUUGUUUAGUUUUUUUGUCGAUAAAACGAUAGCCGCGCCUCUGGAUUAUGUGGUUACAGACAGGACGGAACCUCGAUGUCAUCGUGCGGGCGAGGCGGAGCGUGGCUGCGGGCUGCGGGCUGCGGUAGAGCGCGAUGCACGCGGCGGCGGCGCGCUACGUGUCGGUGAGCGAGCUGUACUCGACGGACGAGGUGGAGCUGCUGCUGGACGAGAUUCGCGACCUGGAGCCCACUAGCUGCCGCGGCGAGGACAUACAGUCGGCGGUAGACGCGGGUGCGGGUGCGGGGGAGGGAGAGGGUACAAGCGCGGGUUUGGUGCAGGACUUCGAGAUCGCGGGCAGCGGGCUGGGCGCGACGGCGGGCUCGGGCGCGCGCUCGCCGGGCUCGGGCGCCGGCACGGAGCGCUCGUGGGACUCGCACGCGCACUACCGCCGGCCGCCGCCGCCGCCGCCGCGCCCGCUCGCGCCCCUCUACUGCCGCUGCCGCCAUCUGCUCACCGCGCGGGGCGCCGCCAUGCUCUUAAUUACGCUGUGUUCGCUGGGCUGCGCGAGCUGCGUGUGGGGCGGCGCGGGGCUGCAGGUGUGGGCGCUGCCGGGCGCGGGGCGCGUGCGGCUGCUGCAGCUGGGCGCGCUCACCAGCGCGCUGCUGCACCUGGCGCUGCUGCUGCUGCGCGUCACCAGCCUCGACGCGCUGCUGCCGCUGCGCUGGGACAAGCUGGGCCUAGCGGUGCACGCGUGGAGCGGCAGCACGCUCCUCGUCGGCGGCGCGGGCUCCCUGCACGCGCUCCUGCUGCCCGAGUACCGGCUCGCGCCCGCGUCUCUCGUGGCGCUGUUGUACACUGCCUCGGGGCUGGGGCUGUGCGCGGCGACGCUGUGCCUGACGCUGGUGGGGCUGGCGCUGCGGCAGUGCGCGGCGGCGGCGCGCGCGCGGGGCGGGGGCGGGGCCCGGGCGGGCGCCGCCUACCGCGCCGUGCCGGCCGCCCCGCAGCCCCUCCCCUCCACCAGCCGCCAGGACCCCUUAUAG